AUGACCUCCAGCUCUAGACGUAGCACUACAAGAGCUCACAGUUCACACGGUACCUCGAACCCUCUGAGGGAAUACAGUAGCAGGCCCAAUCCUGCAAAUCAUUCGCAUAUACAAACCAUACCGGCAGAGAGCGUUCACGCAAAUUUGGGUUCGGAGAACGGAAUCAAAUCACCAGAUUUUAUUAUCAAAAAAUCAGCCCAAGAAGAAAUAGAAGAUCAACUGGAAUACGAAAAAAGACUACAAUCACUGCGAGCCGAUUAUCCUGCAAAUUCUACUACGACAACACCAAUCUCUCUUGAUACUACGUACGCGGAUAUCAUGGCUGCUCGACCAUCAAGAUCACGUCGACGAAAUGAGGCCUUGGACGAAGGACAAGAUGUGAAAUUAGGAGGGCCAAUGACUCUUGAAUCACUCGGACCUUUCAAAUAUACUUUUAAGAAGAAGAAGAAUUUGAAAUCAAAAUAUUCAUCAUCGACAAUCAAUGAUGACCAAGCAAUUGAUGCCGAUAAUGGAGGUGCAGGUUUAAAUGAUGAUGGUGUAAUUACGAACGAGGGGGUAAAUGCGGAUUUGGUUCACAGUAAAACUACUAGUGAUGUUGGUAUUGAUCCAGAAUUGGUAGGAAGUGCAAGUUCAUCACGUCCUAUUUCACCUACAUCGACCCCACAAUUCGAAACAUCUCUCGAUAUCCCUUCUCCCCACAACACAAUUCCACCACCAAAACGAAAUUACACAGAAUUUACUUUCACCGCACCGGCACCAAGAAGAAUCAUUGAAUAUCUGGAAAAGAGUUUGAAGGUUACCGAAGUGGAAUUGAAAGAUUCUGAUGAUAUCUUGCGAGAGAAGGAUUUGGAAGACGACAGCAAUAAAGAAAAUAUCAACAACAAUAUCGUCCAAUCAAUUUUUACUGUUGAAGCUACGACGACGACAACUGGUACCACUGCCACUACCACUGUCACUACGACGGAUACCCCUUCCAUUGAUCCAAUUCCUUCAACAGUAGUUAUACAACCUCCGCCAGGAGUCUCCAGGGUUUCGUCUUUUUCACAUUUAUCCACUGAUAAAAGCAGAACGCAAACUCUCUGUACGAUUGAUAGUGGUAUUAGUCUAAACUCUCCUUCUCUUGACCUUUUGAAGUGUGAUAAUUCCGAUACACAAUCGGUCAAGGACAGGAGCGAAGCAGUUAUGGCUCGCAUUGCUUCAUCAACAGGAUUGAUGGUGAGAAGCUUGAGUGAUAUCACCAAUGUCAACGAUGGGUUUGAUUCGGUAGAAUGGGAUCCAGAUCUUCCUGUUCGCUCAAUCAAUAACUCUCCUGAGCCAUUAUCAGUUGAAGUACAGCCUGUGGCUUACACUACUGUCGGAUCUCGUGUCAAUCCUAACAUACAACCUCAAAUCUCCGCCCCUAAUCGUAUUCAACGUGAGGGUUCUAUUCGCAGACCUCAGUUGGAUCCAACUCAUAACAGACAAACAAACUAUUAUCCACACACCCGUGGUCCGCCACCUCCUUUGAAUAUGCAAAACUCCAUGCACUAUGCGCAACAACUCGGUCAGGUCCCAAGUUCUUUCAGCACUCCGCCAGCUACAUCUGCGAGAUCCACUCGCUCUCUGCGGGCCUCUCAGAGACUGUCCCAGUCAGAGCAAGAGAACCAUACACUUCUCAGACUUCAGGGGAUGAUCAAUGCAAGAGUAUCUAAUGGUCAUUAUCCUGUCUCUCCCAACACACCGACUCCCACUUUCCAUCAAAAUAACGUCUCGUCAAUGUCGAAUGAGGAGCAAGAAAUGGCAAAGGGGGGUGAUUUGCAAGGCCCCAUAUCAGGUCUUGAGAAGAUGCAGACCUUACAGAGACUUGCGAAAUUCCCGAAUCCAAUGCAAACCUCAGCUUUACGUCGAUUGUCCGAGUUGCAAGCACCCAAAGCCGACAAGACUGCAAAGUCAAGUGAAGACAUUGAAGUUGCGAGCCAACGGUUAGAGUGCCUCUUGCGAAACCCAAGAGAUAACACCAUGCUAGAUGGUACACAAGCGGAGAAAAACGGGGAACUCGACCGGACCUAUACAUUCCCUCCACCAGGUAUCUCCAAUACGGCAUACAAUCCGCUCUACAACGCAUAUUCGGGAUCUAACAGUCAUUCAAGAGAUUCUGCCAAUCAUCGAGGAGUACCCGGUUAUCCACAACCAUUGACUGCCGGCCCACCAGGACAGCGCUCGUAUGCUAAUAAUAGACAGAAUAGUACUUAUAGUGAGGAGGCUUGGACGCAAGACCAGGUUGGAGCGAAACAAAACUCUCACACAAGCAUCGAGCCUGUCUCCCCAUGGCAAGAAUCAAAAGUUUUCAACGAGCAGUAUAGUGCUCAGGUACCAGCACAAGCUCCUUCUGCACGCGCAACAGAUACAAUUUCUAUGCAACAAGCCCGCCAGUACUAUCCCCACGGUUUUCCCAGUGAUAUGACCGGGAGAUUCACUCGUUUGUCAAUUGAUGUACAAAAAGAAAUGGGACUUCUUGAGGAUGAAGAGACUCCAGAGGAAGCUCGGGCAAGAAAACAAAAGGAGAAGGAUGAGUGGUUUUACAGUGGCCAGAAACGAUGGAACAUGACAGUUCAGGAGCAUAUCGCAGAAAUUGAAAUCCAUACCAAUCCUUUCGGGCCUAUCGGUCCUCCCACGAAGAAAAUUUCGCUUUUCGACAACAGACCUCUUCCCGGUAUCACUAUCACAAGAAUGGAAAAGAAAACCAUCCCCGAAGUGAUCGCUCCACUAAUAGAUGGAACUCUUGGCAACUUAUUCGCCAUCAGAGCUCAACAAGAAGAUGGCAAUUUCACGUCACCAUUCAUUAGAUAUGCCAAAAGUCCAGACUGGCACAUUGAUACCAGUGCAAGAGGCAAUGAUUCUUUCUUCGAAGAAACAAGGGGAGUAUCAAACGAUGCCCCAGCGCCUGGUAGCGAUCGAAUUCAGCGAUACUAG